AUGUCGGUCCAAGUCGCCGAGGAAGGCAACAAGCGCAAGGGUGGCAUGACGGCCGAGGAGACGGAGCAAUGCAUCUUCGACAUCCUCAGCUGGUUCCAGCGCAAGAAGGCCAACCUGCCCAAGGCAACGAUCGAGCCCGAAGAGGUCGAGUCGCUGCAAAAGGCUCUGGGCGCGCCCGUCCCGCGGGCGCUCGGGUACCUGCUCGAGAAGCAGAAUGGAGGCGUUUGGUUCAACGAGUACAAGUCGUUGAGCUGCGACGAUAUGAUUUCGACGGGCGAGACCGCGUCGCGUUGGGAGAGUUGGGCGCGGGGCUUCAUUCCGCUCGCAGCCGAUCCCGAUGGCAACCUCCUCGUCAUUGACACCAAGCACGCGAACGCGGUCCACGAAUGCUCCGAGGACGGGCUCGGGCGGGAGCUCGCGGCUUCGUUCUCUGCGUACGUCGAGAAUUACCGCAACGAUCUCCUCUCGGGCAACUUUGACUUUGUCGAGGACCUCGGUCUCGUCGAACGCGCGAGCCGCAAGUAG